AUGCAGCAGCUGGUCACCAACACGCUCCCUGACUGCGCCGGCAUGGGCUUUGAGGCCGCUGCUGCUUCCCCUGACCGCUUUGUGUGCAUCGGCAUGGCGAAUUCCAUGGAGUCCUCUGCUGCUAGCCUGUGGGGCGAUGCAUAUCUCAACAGCACAUGCACAGUGGAAGCAGAGGGGCGCCUCAUGCCUCUUGACCCUGAACUCCGCAAGGUGCAUUGGUGGCGGGCGCAGGCGGUGCGAUUCAUCAUGCGGUGGCCGUCAGCUCAUCUCUGCCACGUCACCAACCAGGAGAGGCACCGCGCCUUCGGCACCCUCGCAGCCAAUCACGUCACUCGCUUCCUUCAAACCCAAUCAGAAGCCCUCUCCUCCCUCUCUCACGGCACCGCCCCUGCUGCUUCUGCCACCUCUGCGGCCACCUCUGCCGCCGCCACCUCUUCUGCACCUACCGCACUCAACGUCCCAGCCAAUGCAAUGCCACAGGGGGGGGGCGGCGAGAAUGCCAACGGCAACGGCUCGGAUGCCAGCUGGUCGCUGGGAGUGCAGGAGCCGUACAUGCCGCGGCCUAUAGUGAGUCUGCAUGUAAGGGGUACGGACAAGUUUGCAGAGAUGGGGCUGACCUCGCUGGACGCCCACCUCUUCCACAUCAACCGCCUCCGCCACCACGGGCUCAACCUCUCCCACGUCUGGCUCAACACCGAGACGCAGGCCAAUGUGGACCGAGCAGCGGAUCAACCCUCGUGGACUUUCUUCUACUCGUCUAACGCGCGCCAGCAGGCAGCAGCAGGGUCGCUGCGGCAGUACGAGCGCGAUUAA